CAAUAAAAUCAGAUAAUUGUGACAUUCGUAAGCAGCUGUUUUUGUUUGGGCUAGAGUGCCUAUAGAGUACUCUAGUUUGGGCAAAAUAAAAACUAAAGCACGGCAACUUGUGUUUCUUAUAUUGGUAACCUAGACAACAAUAAUUACGAGCCGUGAGUCACUUGCAGGAGGGUUUCCGCGUCUCAGGAUAGUUGCCAUUCUUUUAACUUGGCUGGCUGCUUUCUGGGACGCAUGUGUCAGAGAUGAGGGAGUGAUAAGCAAACAGGAACUUGUUAUACAGUAACAUAGGCAGGAUAAACGAAACAAGACUGGCGAGGACCGCGGAUUGAAUCUGUUGUUUGAUAAUAACAGGACUCCGAAUGGAGCCCACAAAUCUACAGAAAGCUAUUGCUGUAGCACAGAAGGCCUCACAGGAGGACCAGGCUGGGAACUAUGAAGAGGCCAUCCGCUCUUACCAACAUGCAGUCAAGUAUUUUCUGCACAUCGUAAAACGUGAACCUCAAGGUAAAGAUGGCAACCAGAAGAUCAGGGAUAAAUGCAAACAGUACCUGGACAGAGUGGAAGAACUACAGCAGUACCUUGUGAAUAAAGAGAAAGCCAUUGAUCUUGCCAGCAAGGCAGCUCAAGAGGAUAAAGCUCAGAACUACGAUGAGGCUCUGCGUCUGUACCAAGCUGCUGUUCAGUACUUUCUUCAUGUAGUGAAAUAUGAAGCCCAGGGUGACAAAGCAAAACAGAGUAUCCGGGCAAAAUGUGCUGAGUACUUGGACAGAGCAGAGAAGUUGAAAGAGUAUCUAAAGAAGAAAGAGAAAGCUCCUCCCGCUAAGCCUGUCAAAGAGUCACAGUCUGAUGACAAAGGGAAUGAAAGUGAUGAAGGUGAUGAUCCAGAGAAAAAGAAGUUCCAAAAUCAGCUCUCCGGUGCGAUUGUUAUGGAGAAGCCAAACAUCAAGUGGAAUGAUGUUGCUGGUUUAGAGGGAGCCAAAGAGGCACUGAAAGAAGCUGUCAUUCUUCCAAUCAAAUUCCCCCACCUUUUCACAGGAAAGAGAACUCCAUGGAGGGGGAUCUUGCUAUUUGGACCUCCAGGAACAGGAAAGUCAUAUCUGGCCAAAGCUGUUGCCACAGAGGCAAACAACUCAACCUUCUUCUCCAUCUCCUCAUCUGACCUUGUCUCCAAAUGGCUGGGAGAGAGUGAAAAGCUGGUGAAGAACCUUUUUAGCCUUGCAAGAGAGCACAAGCCUUCCAUCAUCUUCAUUGAUGAGAUCGACUCCCUGUGUGGCUCAAGAAGUGAGAACGAGAGUGAGGCUGCUCGCCGAAUUAAGACAGAGUUCCUGGUUCAGAUGCAGGGUGUGGGGAAUGACAAUGAAGGAGUCCUGGUACUCGGGGCAACAAACAUCCCAUGGACCCUAGACUCUGCCAUCAGGAGAAGAUUUGAAAAGAGGAUCUACAUCCCGCUGCCCGAAGAGCAUGCCCGCUCCUUCAUGUUCAAGCUCCAUCUGGGCUCCACCGCCACCAUUCUCACUGAGUCUGACUUUGUCACACUGGGCAAGAAAACAGAUGGAUACUCUGGUGCGGAUGUCAGUAUCAUUGUCAGAGACGCUCUAAUGCAGCCGGUCAGAAAGGUCCAGUCAGCAACACACUUCAAACGGGUACGAGGGCCAUCGAGAUCUGACCCCAACGUUAUUGUAGAUGACCUCUUGACUCCUUGCUCACCUGGGGAUCCCCAGGCAAUUGAAAUGACGUGGAUGGAGGUCCCUGGGGAAAAGCUCUUGGAACCUGUAGUUUGCAUGUCUGACAUGCUGAGGUCUCUGUCCAACACCAAGCCAACAGUUAAUGAACAAGAUCUGGACAAACUGAAAAAAUUCACAGAGGACUUUGGACAAGAAGGCUAGGCAGGAUGUUUGAAGCAAGCCAAACCAAAGCAAAGGAAAUGCGAUUGUCUCUCUUUACUGUCCUAGUCCCUUUUUCUCUCUCUGUCUCAUCCUAACUAUCCAUCAAGCCUUGUGGUUUAUCAUAUGUGGAUAAGAUUACUGCUCUGUUUUGCCAGUCUGAUAACCACAGAAAGGGUAGAAGACUUAGUCUUAUUUGAUAUUCACCACUGUCCAAAGAAGAAUGGAAACAAUAUGUGGAAUUAAGAGGGUUGUUUGAAUCAUGCAUUAAAGGUAUUGCGGAGGAAAAAAUACCCAAGAAACUUGGUAAAACUAAAAGCAGGCAUACAACACAUUUUAGAUUAGGCCAUUUAAAUAAAAAUAAUUUAUUUUGUUAGGACUAGCUCUUGUGUCCUUAUUUUCCAGUCAGGGCACAUCGCUGGACUAAUAAAUGCCCCUUAUAUCUUCUCUAUUUUGUAUUAUGGAAAAAACAAGCAUUUUAUAAUGUAUACUGUAUUUUGUGGAAUGUGUUAUUCUAAGGCUGCAUAGGCUGGGGAGGUGAAACUGGGCAUGAGUUCAUUAGAUUCAUUAUGCUAAAAUAUGUAUUCAUGGUCUCAAGGUGAUGGACAUUAUAGUUUUGAGACAGGGAUACUCAGGAUGGGAACUGUAUUAGGCACUGGGGCAAUUUUGGAUUGUCAUGUCAAUUCAGUUUCCUAACAAAUGACAAUUAUAUGGUUUUUACUGUCAUUUGAAUUCUACACAGCUAUUAGGAUGGAUCACCAAAGGUGCCAGACCAUUAUUUUAUCAUUUUCAAGGACUCAAUAGCUUUCAAAUACUUUCUCACUUUGGCUCAUGGGUUUCUUUUUCACAGCAUACUGUACAUAUUGUUCAUUUUUAUCCACAGGCUUUGCUGAUCAUUCUUAACCACAAAAAAAAUUAAGCCUUAUAUAUAAAGAGAUCACUGAGAAUUAGGUUAAAGACUGGUGAUUAAAGUUGGACACUGAUGGCUCAGAAGGAGGGAUCAUCUUUUUGUACAUUUAACAACAUAGGCAUGGAUCUGAAAGCAUGAACUUUAUGUAGCCAUAAGUGGCGAUGUGCACAAUGUGCCUUCUCGAAAAGCUGCAAGAUUAUUUUUAUUGGUUUAUCUCUGAAUUGGUUGUGAUGCUUAGAUAUGGAGUGCAUUGUCACUACAGUUGAGAAAUGUAUUAUACUUGCACAUUUCAUGUAUUCUCUUUUUAAGAUUGUACACAAUUGUACUCUCCUAGGGCUUGCAAACUCUGAGUUUUGAUGGGGAACAUUUUUUUUUUUACUGUAUAUGUCUAUACAUAUAACUUAGUCUAUUCUUGAGCAUUUUCUUUGUCAAGAGGUCACCCAUGCAUACGAUUUUCUUCUGUUUCGUUUCCAUAAUGUAAAUAAAAGUCAUAGCUACGUUA